UGUAUCUUUUCUGAGUGGAAGAUUCAAAAGCCAGCUCAUGGCUGUCCACACGUCUUUUCCCUCUGCCAGGGGAUCGGCGAUGUUUCAGAGGCUGCCCAUGAAUGAAGAGCCUGGGUGCGUGAACAAAGACGUGGAGCAGAGCCCAGCCAACCCGUGUCGGACAAGGAGACACCGAGUCGUUACCAUUAUCCCAAAGAAGGACCCCCAGGAGGAUGAGAGUAUUAUUGCUGUACAUCUAAAGUCAAGGUUUCAGGGCUCUGUGUCAUUCAGGGACGUGGCCAUCAGCUUCUCCCAGGAAGAGUGGGCGUGUCUGGACCCUGCUCAGAGGGCUUUGUACAGGGACGUGAUGUUGGAGAACUAUAGCCACCUGCUCUCACUGGGAAGGUCCAUUUCUAAGCCAGAUGUGAUUACCUUACUGGAGCAAGAGAAAGAGCCUUGGGUGGUUGUGAGGAAAGAAACAAGUGGAUGGUACCCAGAUUUGGAGUCAAAUUAUGGAGCUAAGAAGUUAUCUCCAGAAAAUGAUAUUUACGAAAUAAAUUUGCCCAAACAGAGUAUAACGCAAAUAAGUAAAACUCCUGGCCUCAAGGCCUCCAAUUGUAGAAAUGACUCAAAAUGCAGAAAUAGAUUUAGGGGACGACAGAGACAUCAAGAGGGGUAUAUCAGUCAAAAGAUAAUAAGCUAUGAAAAAAUGCAUACUUAUACUCAUCAUAUUUCUCUUAUUCACAAUACAGAUAAGCCAUAUGAAUGUAAGGAGUGUGGGAAGUACUUUAGUCGUAGUUCAAAUCUUAUUCAGCAUCAGAGUAUUCAUACGGGAGAGAAACCCUACAAAUGUAAGGAAUGUGGGAAGGCCUUUAGACUUCUUAUCCAGCUUACUCGCCAUCAGAAAUUUCAUAGUGGUGAAAAACCCUUUAAAUGUAAGCAAUGUGGGAAAGCUUUUAGUCUUCCCACCCAGCUCAAUCGCCAUGAGAACAUUCAUACAGGUGAGAAACCAUUUGAGUGUAAGGAAUGCGGUAAGUCCUUUAAUCGUAGCUCAAACCUUGUUCAACAUCAGAGUAUUCAUGCUGGCGUGAAACCCUAUGAAUGUAAAGAGUGUGGGAAAGGCUUUAAUCGUGGUUCAAACCUUAUUCAGCACCAGAAAAUUCAUUCUAGUGAGAAAUCCUUUGAGUGUAAGGAGUGUGGGAAGGCCUUUUGUCUUCCAGUAGAGCUUGCUAGACAUCAGAACAUUCAUACUGGUGAGAAACCAUUUACAUGUAAGGAAUGUGGCAAGGCCUUCAGUCGUGGCUCGAAUCUUGUCCAACAUCAGAGUAUUCAUACUGGUGAGAAACCCUACGGAUGUAAGGAGUGUGGAAAGGCUUUUAGACUUCACCUACAACUUUCUCGACAUCAGAAAACGCAUACUGGUGAAAAACCAUUUGAAUGUAAAGAAUGCGGGACAGCCUUCCAAUAUCAGUACCAACUUAUUGAGCAUCAGCGAAUUCACACAGGUGUGAAACCUUAUGAAUGUAAGGAAUGUGGGAAAUUGUUUCGUCGUGGUUCAAACCUCAUUCAACAUCGGAGUGUUCAUACUGGAAAGAAACCUUUUGAAUGUAAGGAAUGUGGGAAGGCCUUUAGACUCCAUAUACAACUUAUUCGACAUGAGAAAUUUCAUACCGGUGAGAAGCCCUUUGAAUGUGGAAAAUGUGGAAAAGCCUUUAGUCUUCUCACCCAGCUUCAUCGGCAUGAGAACAUUCAUACAGGUGAGAAACCAUUUGAAUGUAAAGAAUGUGGGAAGUCCUUUAAUCGUGUCUCAAACCUUGUUCAACAUCAGAGUAUUCAUGCUGGCGUGAAACCCUAUGAAUGUAAAGAGUGUGGGAAGGGCUUUAAUCGUGGUUCAAACCUUAUUCAGCAUCAGAAAAUUCAUUCUAGUGAGAAACCCUUUGAGUGUAAGGAGUGCGGGAAGGCCUUUAGGUAUCAUUACCGACUUAUUGAACAUCAUAGAAUGCAUACUGGGGAGAAACCCUUUGAAUGUAAAGAAUGUGGGAAGGCCUUUACUCUUCUGACACAGCUUACUCGACAUCGGAACAUUCAUACUGGUGAGAAACCAUUUAAAUGUAAGGAAUGUGGCAAGGCCUUCAAUCGUGGUUCAAAUCUUGUUCAACAUCAGAGUAUUCAUACUGGCGAGAAACCCUAUGGAUGCGAGGAGUGUGGAAAGGCUUUUAGACUUCACCUACAACUUUCUCGACAUCAGAAAACGCAUACUGGUGAGAAACCAUUUGAAUGUAAGGAAUGUGGGGCAGCCUUUAGACAUCAAUACCAAGUUAUUGAACAUCAGCGAAUUCAUACAGGUGUGAAACCCUAUGAAUGUAAGGAAUGUGCAAAGAGCUUUAGUCGUGGUACAGACCUUAGAGUACAUCAGAGAAUUCACACUGGUGAGAAACCCUUUGAAUGUAAGGAAUGUGGGAAGGCCUUUCGACAUCAUUAUCAGUUUCUUGGACAUUCCAGAAUUCAUACUGGUGAGAACCCCUAUGAAUGUAAGGAAUGUGGGAAAUGCUUUAUUUGCAGUAGUGAACUUAGAGUACAUCAGAGAAUUCAUACUGGUGAGAAACCAUAUCAGUGUAAGGAAUGUGGGAAGGCCUUCAGUCGUAGCUCAAACCUUAUUCAACAUGUUAAAAUUCAUACUGGUGAGAAGCCCUAUGAAUGUAAGGAAUGUGAAAAGGCCUUUAGCAAUAAUUAUGAACUUACUGUACAUCAGAGAAUUCAUACUGGUGAGAAACCUUAUGAAUGUAAGGAAUGUGGGAAAACUUUUAGACUUAGUUCAGUCUUUACUGCCCAUCAGAGAAUUCAUACAGGUAUGAAACCCUAUGAAUGUAAAGAAUGUGGAAAGAGCUUUAGUUGUAGCUCAAACCUUAUUCAACAUGAGAGGAUUCAUACUGGUGAAAAACCUUAUGGAUGUAAGGAAUGUGGGAAGGCCUUUAGACUUAGGUCAGUGUUUAUUGCCCAUCAGAGAAUUCAUACAGGUCUGAAACCCUAUGAGUGUAAAGAAUGUGGGAAAGCCUUUACUGUGACUGGUCAGCUGACCCGACAUCAGAAAAUUCAUAAUCGUCAGAAGUCCUAUGAAUAUAAGGAAUGCGGGAAAAAAACCUUCCCUGGUUAUGAACAGCUUACUCAUCAUCAGAGAGUUCACAGUGGCAAGAAACCCUAUGAUAUAAAAGAAUGUGGGAAGACCUUCCAUCAUGGACUGAGAUUUGCUCAACAGCACAGUAUUCCUACUGGUGAGGAACUCCUUGAGUAUAAGUAAUGUGGAAGGAUUGACAGUCACAGCAAACACUUUAGAGUAGAGAAGACAUUCUGAUGAGGGAGUCUUUAAAUGUAAGAAAUACAGGGUGGCCAUCGUGUUCAUUGUUUACUAAUCAUGAAAGAUAUUUUACUACGUAUGUUAAUUUCAUGCAUUUAGAAAAGCCUUCAAACUCCAACUGGAGAAAAACUAUCCUUGGAACAAAUAUAAGCUACAUCUACCUAAGGCAUGUGCUUUAUUUCCAUUUCACUACCUAUGUGACAUUAGACUAGGUGUCUAGCCUCUUUUUGCAUCAUUUAUAAUGGCAAUGGUAGUGAGUACUAGUGCAAUUAUAGGAAUAAAUGUGUUACAGUACACAGAAAAUCCUUGAAAAAGUAUUUGGCACAUGCUUGUGCUCAUAGAGGAUAGCUUUUACAUUGUUCCAUUAGCAUUACUGUUACUGAGGACAGGAAAAGUGUAUUGUGAAUCAUUUAAAAAAGCAUCAUCCAUUCACUAUUAAGUUUUAAAUAACUUCCGUAUAAAAUUUCAUGGGAGGUAAAGAACACGUGAGGAUUUUCAUUAAGAGCUCAUCCCUUAAGUUACAUCAGAAAGUUAAUUUUGGAAAGAAACCCUAUGGAUUUCGUGCGUGAGGAGAUAUUGAGAAAACAGCUGUUGAAGAAUCAGGGAGAGUUUUUGAAGUGAUUUGUCUAUAAAAGGCAACAGGCAGAAAAGGUAUAAUUUAUAUUCUCUGUCCAGAAGUUAAAAUAAAUUAAAUAUUAGUGAAAGAAUAGCAAAAUAAAAGCUAUCCAUUUAUGUUAUCCAACUCUUUAUCAUGAAAAUUGCUACACAUAUGAAAAAGAUGAAAGAAUAAACACCCAUAUACCCCUUCUAGA